GUACAUAGUGAAAUUUACGCAUAAUCUGUUGUUUCACACUGUAUCGCUAUCUUAUCUACCUAUCUUCAAUUCAUCCUUACCUUUUUCUUUCCUUACCGAUGGAUCUGAAUACCGAUGCGACAGCCCGCUGCCAAACCGGACGGCAGCAGCGUACAAUAUGAGCACCAUGAUCUGGCGAUAGUAUAGCCCGCUAGCUAAAACCUCUAAUACUCUCUCUUAUAUAAACUGAAUACCUAACUGCCGUUCCAUUCCACCACCAUGGCGCCAACUUCUACUUCGACCUCGAAGGCCGCGCCCACCGGUAACCCAGCGCCCGACUUCACCGUCACCAUGAACCGCAUCCAGACACAGCUCGAAGCGCGCAUGAAAGCCGCCCGCGCAUUCCUCCCCUCGCGUUCCGACCUCAACAACGCCUCCUCCUCCUCCUCCUCCUCCUCCUCCGGCAGCGGUUCCUUCUCUGCGCUCGGCGGUAGCUCCAGUACCUCCAACCCCCAAACCCAAUCUCGCGAUGCGGCAGCCAGACGCGCCGCCGAAGAAGCCGAGUUCGCCGAGGAACGCGGUCUCGAUCCGAACGCGGGGAUAGGGCUAACUCGCGGCCCCGCGACCGGGAACGAGAACACCAGCGGAACAGAUCGGGACACAGCCAGGCUGCGCGGACGACUGUUAGGAAAGCGGGGGAGAAACGGCGCGGGUACUGAUGGGCAGCAGAAAUGGGUGCGCAAGGAAGACAGCAGCGACGAGGAGGCGGGGCGGAGCGGGCUUGGGCGAGCCAAGAGGAGCGGCAAGAGGUCACGGGCGGAGAUGGAGACGCAGCAGCAGAGUAGUGACCAUGUCGAGUCAGCUAUACCCUCAGAGCAAGGGGCUGAUAUGAACGGUACCAAAGCGCAGGUUAGCCAUACCAACAGUCCCAAGGACGGAACGGAGACCCUGGUUGCCGAGCCCUCAGCAGCGCCCGAAAUUGAGCCCAAUCAGCCCCCGUCGGAAGAAAGCCCGAAGAAAAAGCGGAAGAGGAAAAAGAAAAAGAAGGCAAGGGAUGGAACUGGAACUGGUGGGGAGUAGGGUAAUAAGAUUGGAUCGUCCCUGUGGCUGUCCCUUAAAUUGACAGAGUUUGCAAUUGGAUCUUCUGAGCCAACCAUUUUACUCCGAAUACCUAGACUUACUAGGGAGUCUUUAAAAUGUGAUAGAUCAUACAAUCAAUCAAGUUGCUAAGGAACCACUGCGGCU